GCUCAGCCGGCCGCCGGGGCCAGGACUAGCCGCCGCGCUGCCGGCUCCGGCGCGCCCCUGUCCGCAGCCCGCGCGUAUGCUGCGCGCUCCGGGGACGGCCCCCACCCGCGGCGCCCCGGGCGAAGAAUAGCUGCUGGAAAGCUGCCCUGCCGUAGCCACUGACGCUAUGGAAGACCGCAUCCGCUGGUCUAGGCUGUAGGAUGGUAGCGCACAGCAAGGUGUCAGCAGAUAAUGCAGUUGCAGGAGACCCGAGAUGUCUACUUGACCCUCCAGCACGGGAUCGUUCACAGGCUCGAGGCUACCACGGCCCAGGCCGGCCCAGCACUGUGCAGGCACAGAGCAACACACACUUCCGAACCUUUCGCUCGCAAGCGGAUUUUAGUAGCAUCACUCGAGCAAGCAGCCUGCUGGAUGCCUGUGGCUUCUACUGGGGACCUCUGACUGUCAGUGCUGCCCACGAGAAGCUGAAGUCUGAGCCCGAGGGCACCUUCCUCAUCAGGGACAGCACACAAAAGAAUUGCUUCUUUGCCAUCAGUGUUAAGACUGCAACUGGGCCCACCAGCAUCCGGAUAAACUUUCAGACUGGGCGUUUCAGCCUGGAUGGCAGCAAAGAGACUUUUGACUGUCUUUUUAAGCUGCUGGAACAUUACCUAAGCUCCCCGAGGAAGGUACUGGUUACCCCCCUGCGCAAAGUCCGUGUGCAGCCCCUGCAGGAGCUCUGCCGGAAGAGCAUUGUGAAGACUUUUGGAAGAGAGAACUUAAACCAGAUCCCCCUCAAUCCUGUUUUAAAGGACUAUCUGAAAUCAUUCCCAUUUCAGAUAUAAGUACAGCAUUAACUGCAUAGGGAAGUGUGAGAGAUGUGUAAAGAAAUCCAGCUUCCUGGGUUUUUAAACAUGUUUGACAGUAAGCAAAUUUAUUUUUGUAGCAAUUUACUGUAUUUUGGGAUGGAACUUGAACACUUGACUUCUUAUGUUUACAAAAACUGUUUGCACAAACCUGGGGUUUUAAAACCCAGGCAUAAUUUUUCUGCCAAGCAGAAUAUAUUAUUAUUUUAUAAUAUUUUUAAUGAUAUUAACAUAAUAAACUUUAUUGUGAAAGUUUUUAAAAAAAAUAGCAUCUCUG